AUGGCACCCAGAAGCCCUACAUACAAUAGCUCCCCCUCUCCCUUUCCAGAAUCGCCUGGUUACAGCGUUACAUCACCAGGUUCACCAGCCCUUCCAACGGUCGAAUCUCCAACAAGAAGCCCUGCUACUCCGCCGCUUGCUGACUGGAGAGAUCAUGUAGACGAGAUACCUCGCCUCCCUUCUCCGCGACCUCGCGACCUAACCCCAUAUGGAUUUCGAGACAGCGACACACGUGAUCAGCAAAGGCAUGUUCAUGCCUUGCCGCAGAAUUCCUUUUGGUUCAAGGUCCCUCCUAAUCUCAGACGCGAUAUACUGCGGCUGGCCUUUGGAGAUCGACGCCUACACAUGGGCUUGAAGAUUGAUAACGCUUUAUCACCCACUUGGCAUAGCUUCGGUAUGGUUUGCCAUCGGGUCUCUCCAGAGGACGAGGGACCAAUGACACGCGGUAGUCUCAAAGAAGGUCCCUGGGUUGAUAACUGCGGUGCUUCACGCCAGGAACCUGAGCCUAUCGGGAUCAUAGGAUGGCUUUUAUCCUGCCGUCACAAUUAUGCCGAAGCAAUUGAUAUCCUUUAUUCAAUGAACACAAUAUUGAUCUACGACGAGCCGUUACUGACUCGUCUUACUCAAUUGGUGUUGCCUCAUCGUCUGGCCCAUGUCACGUCUCUUGAGAUCAGAUUGCCAUUUAAAACUGUCGAUCAUCUCAACACAGCUUUCCAUCACUUAUCACCAUCGCAUUUUCCAAAUCUCAAGCGUCUUUACAUGUCACUUGAGUACGAUGUUUAUAUUGAGCCAAGUAUCGCUCCCAGUGCAAUCACCGCCAUCUUGAACGAGUUUGUCAGAAACAGGUCUGAUCUUGUCGAGUAUGGCAGCCUACAUGCUGUGAGGCUGCCAUAUGUCGAUAGCUAUCCGAAGCCACCGUUUCAGUUGGGGCCGAAUCCAGGGAGGGGAUACUGGCUUUUAGAAGGCACUUGUGCACCCCUGACAUGGAGAUGGAGAUCAAGCAGUCAUGGCUUUUCUGGUCUUUUUACAGGAUGGUAUGACCCGGACGAGGAUGCGGAGAAUUAG